GGAGGAGAAAGAGGUGGAACUGGGGAUAGCAGCGGCGGCUGUUGAGGAAGACGAAUCAGUGAGGCUCAAGCAAAAAUUGGUGUCCCAAGUUCUGGAAAUUGGGAUAAUAUUUCACUCUGUGAUCAUCGGGGCGACGAUGGGAAUGUCUCAGAACCAGUGCACCAUACGGCCGCUCGUGGCGGCGUUGGCAUUUCACCAGAUCUUUGAAGGGAUGGGUCUCGGUGGUUGCAUUGCACAGGCGGGAUUUAGUAUAGGAACAACAGCUUACAUGAGCUUCAUGUUCUCAGUAACAACCCCAAUGGGAAUAGUUUUGGGUAUGAUUGUCUUCUCGGUUACUGGGUACGAUGACAGCAGCUCAAAUGCCCUGAUUCUUGAAGGUUUGCUUGGUUCCUUGUCCUCUGGUAUACUUAUAUACAUGGCGCUUGUUGAUCUCAUAGCUCUCGACUUCUUUCAUAACAAGUUGAUGAGUUCUGAACCAUUUUUGAAGAAGGCAUCUUUUGGUGCCCUUGUUCUUGGCUCUACAUCCAUGUCAAUUCUGGCCCUCUGGGCUUGAAUCUCUAGGUGUCUAAAAUAUGUAUUUACAUAUGCCCGAUUAACCCUUUGGGUAUUAGAAUUAGGUAUGUAUCAAUCUUGAGCAUAUGUAAAUUUUCUUUGGAUACUAUGAUAAUCCAUUCAUCCCGCAUAUAUAUGGAAAUUAAUUUUAGUGUUUCGCUCGAAGUGAUUUUGUACAAGCUCUGCAUUUUUUAUUAAGUAAUGUCAUCUCAAAAUCAUAGUCAUUUAUUUAAUGUCUAAUAAUACCAUAAGAUGGGAG